AUGAAGGACUUUCCUACUUGUUUUGGUGAGAAUGGAGUUCAAGUUGCCGAUUCUUCGUCGUCGUCGAGUGCGGCGAGAAAUGCUCAAAACAAUAUGGUUACUAGUGUCUAUCAAUGCCGGAUACGGGGGAGGUCUUGUCCGGUUACGGUUAAUUGGAGUAAGAAUUUGGUGGGUCAUCUUCUCACUGUUGGGAUCCAUGAUUGUGUUUGUAAGGUGGAUGUUAAACCGUGGGUUUUCUCUAAGAAGAAAGGUUCCAAGAGUCUUGAGGCUUUUUCGGCUAAAAUUGAUGUCUUUUGGGAUCUUUCUUCGGCUAAAUUUGGUUCCGGGCCUGAACCGUUAGAAGGGUUUUAUGUUGGGGUUGUUGUGGAUCGGCAGAUGGUUCUUCUUCUUGGGGAUUUGAGGAAAGAAGCUUUCAAGAAAACGAAUGCUGUACCGUUGCCGUGCGGUUCCGAUGGAGCUGUUUUAGUAGGCAAGAAAGAGAAUGUUUUUGGUAAGAAGUUGUAUGGUACAAAGACUGUGUUUUGUGAUAAUGGUCAAAUUCAUGAUCUUGUGAUUGAAUGUGAUACCACGAGUGGUGUUAGUGAUCCAUCUCUUAUAAUUCGCAUAGACAGCAAAAUUGUGAUGCAAGUGAAUCGGUUGAGGUGGAAGUUCAGGGGGAAUCAUAUAAUCCUCGUUGAUGGAAUUGCGGUGGAAGUUUUUUGGGAUGUUCAUAAUUGGCUCUUUGGUACUUCUCUUGCAGAUGCUGUUUUUAUGUUCAGGACGUGCCUCUCCGCGGACAAGUUGUGGACUAGACAACCCCUUUCUUCUGAGGAUGCCGGUCUGCUUCAAUGGUCUUUCUCUGAGAGGUUUUCCGAGACCAAAUUUCCGGGUCUUGGUUUUUCGCUUAUUUUGUAUGCGUGGAAGAACGUGUAG